UUUGUUCGGGUUGGGUUUAAUUUUGACACCCACCCGAAACCCACAAAAAGAACACGGCUUGUGUAGGUUUAUUGAGUGAUUCCCGUGGUCGGUCAUGGUGCGGAGGAAUCCGGCUGCGGGGUCGUCGGCCAUGGACCGGCGGAAGGUCGAGGAGAAGCGGCCGAGCAAUGUUCAGAGGUCGGCUUAUUUUGCCCGGAGAGAAGCGGCUAAGGUUCUGCGGAGCACGCUCCAGGGCGAUGCUCGGCGCAAGGCUAUUGGCUCGAUUAAGUCGCUUGUUUACAGCCCUUCUGUAAGGAACAAGAAGGCUACUUAUGCUCUGGUCUGCCAAACUCUUAAGCAUCUUUCAGUUAUUAAAGAAGUGAUGCAGGAGGCAGAUGUUUUGAAUGCCAAGUGGAAGAAGCAGAAAGACUUAAUGUAUGUCAUAGCAUAUGAUCUGCUUUUUGGGCAGAAUGAUUCAUUAACGGGUGAUGCUGAAAAGUAUCUGAUGCUACGAAAGGAUGCAUUGGGGUCAGCUCUGUCACAGAUUAUAAAGCGCAAAGGGGUGAGAAAUGUAGAGGACUUGGUGAAUCUUGGUGAGUCAGAUUUACGAAAACCUCGAUAUGUUCGUGUCAACACUCUGAAGAUAGACACUGAACUUGCCUUACAUGAACUGAAACAAGAACAUGAGGUCCAGCAAGACAACAUUGUACCAGAUUUAUUGAUUCUUCCACCUGGUGCAGAUUUACACAAUCAUUCUCUAGUAAUAAAUGGAGACAUUUUUUUGCAGGGUAAAGCUAGUUCCAUGGCAGCCAUAGCUCUUGGACCAAAACCUGGGUGGGAGGUCAUUGAUGCCUGUGCAGCUCCUGGGAACAAAACUGUGCACCUUGCAGCUCUUAUGAAGGGCCAGGGAAAAAUUAUAGCUUGUGAACUUGAUGAGGAAAGAGUCAAACGACUGAAACACAAUGUUAAAUUGGCUGGGGCCACAAAUGUGAAAGUUAAACAUUGUGACUUUUUAAGUCUGGACCCUAAAGAUCCUUCAUAUUCAAAGGUCCGGGCUAUACUUUUAGAUCCAUCAUGUUCUGGAUCAGGAACUGCAUUGGAGAGAUUAGAUCAUUUACUUCCAUCACAUACUGCAGGUAGCUCUGGUCAUGUAGAAACAAAAAGACUUCAAAAGCUUGCCGGUUUUCAGAAGAAGGUUCUAGAGCAUGCAUUGUCUUUCCCAGCUGUGGAGAGAAUUGUUUACAGCACUUGUUCAAUACAUCAAAUUGAAAAUGAAGAUGUUGUUAAGUCUGUUCUGCAUCUGGCUUUGUCUCAUGGCUUUCAGUUGGCCACAGCACUUCCCCCGUGGCCUCGCCGCGGUCUCCCAGCAUUCGAUGGGUCUGAGCACUUGUUACGAACUGAUCUGACAGUAGACAAAGAAGGUUUUUUCAUUGCUCUGUUUGUUCGGAAAAGUAAUUAUCAAUCAGGAGAUCCUGGAAGAACUGCAGGAAACUGCCAUAGCCAGGUUCACAAGAGAAGAAGUACCUGUCAAAGUAGAAAACCGUUGAAUAUUUUCGUUGCAAAAAUGCUUAAGGUGCACCACAAAUUAUCUUUCGCAAGAAAGCCACGUAAUUAUCAAUCAGGCGAUCAUAGAAGAAAUGCAGAGAAGUGCAAUGUUCUUGUCUAUCGAAGCAGCACUUGUGGAAGUAGAAAAGCUUCGAAUAUUUUGGUUGCUUAAAGUGCACUCCCAAGUCUUUCCCCAAAAAAGUGAAGUUAGCUGAGGUACGUCCAUAGGCAUCGAAGAUCUUGAUAUAUCGUUGCGAAAUUCGUCUACAUUCCAUUCCUCCAUUGGUUUAUUUAUAUAGCAUAACAUUCUGAAAAGUUCUAACUUUUAAGGCAGAGCAAAACCUGCACACAUGACAUAAAUGUUAUCAAAUUUUUGUUAAUUGUUUCUUUUCGGUA